AUGACCAUCGAUUCACUCAUUCGUGACAUACGCCGGAGCACAUUCGAGGAAUCCAUCCCCGAUCAAGUCAAGGCUGGACUGUCCACGGCUCCAAAAACUCUUCCAGCCCUUCUCUUCUACAGCGGAGAAGGAAUCCGGCACUGGAUUAAACACUCUACUGCCGCUGAAUUUUAUCCACGACAUGAAGAGUUACGCAUUCUACGUGCCCGAGCGGCUGAGAUGGUUGAGUCGAUUGCCAAUAACAGUGUAGUGGUCGAUCUUGGGAGUGCGAGCUUGGACAAAGUUCUACCGUUACUGGAAGCAUUGGAGGCAUCGAAGAAGAACAUUUCGUUUUAUGCACUCGACCUGAGCUUUUCGGAACUUCAAUCAACCAUGAGGUCACUUCCAUAUAAACAGUUCGAGUAUGUUAAAAUCGGGGCACUGCAUGGGACUUUCGAAGACGGGUUGCAGUGGCUUAAAAAUACCCCGGAAGUACAGGACCGGCCGCACUGUCUCCUAUUGUUUGGAUUGACAAUAGGUAACUAUUCGCGAUUCAAUGCAGCCAAUUUUCUUCAGAGCAUUGCUGAGAGCGCGUUGACUGCUAGCCCGGCUGAAAGCUCUAUCUUUCUGAGUCUGGACAGUUGCAAAGUUCCAACCAAAGUGCUGCGUGCCUACACUUCUGAAGGUGUCGUUCCUUUUGCCCUAGCGUCCCUCGACUAUGGAAACACUCUGUUCGCUCCAAGUAAAGGGGAAAGCCAGGUAUUCCAGCCCAGCGAUUGGCACUUUCUGAGUGAGUGGAACUACAUACUGGGCCGACACGAAGCCUCUCUCAUCACUAAGGGCAAGGAGGUCAGACUUGGGAGCCCAUUGAACGACAUCGUUGUUGGGAAACAUGAGAAGAUUCGUUUCGGAUGUAGCUACAAGUAUAAUUCAGAUGAGCGCCAAGAACUGUUUGGGUCGGCGGGAUUGACGGAUGUUAAAGAAUGGUCGGUUGAGGGCUGUGAUGUUGCUUUUUACCAGCUUCAAGUGUGUUCCCAUUGA